GGCGUUGCCUGGAAACCUUCGGCCGACUGUUGCGGUGGGACCCGACAUGGCGGCAGCGCGGCUGGCCGCCGCUCUGCUGCUGCUCGCGGCCCAGGUGGCCUGUGAGUACGGCAUGCUACAUGUGGUAUCCGAGAAAGGUGGUCCCCAGAGCAAGGACUACUGCAUCCUCUACAACCCACAGUGGGCCCGCCUGCCACAUGACCUGGCCAAAGUGUCUUUUCUGCAGCUCCGAGAUCUGCGCUCUGCCCAGCUCUGUUCCCACUUUGACCUUCCAGCUGAUGGCUUUAGCAACCAGAUCCCUCUGGUGGCCCGUGGCAACUGCACCUUCUAUGAGAAAGUGCGACUGGCCCAGGGCAGUGGGGCACGUGGGCUGCUGGUGGUCAGCAAGGAGAAGCUGGUCCCCCCAGGAGGCAACAAGACACAGUAUGAAGAGAUCAGCAUCCCUGUGGCCCUGCUCAGCCACAGGGACUCGCAGGACAUCUUCAGGCGCUUUGGCCUGGUAGUGCGGGUGGCACUGUAUGCCCCUGGAGAGCCAGUGCUGGACUACAACAUGGUCAUCAUCUUCAUCAUGGCCGUGGGCACUGUGGCACUCGGUGGCUACUGGGCAGGCAGCCGAGAUGUGAAGAAAAGGUACAUGAAGCACAAGCGUGACGAUGGCCCAGAGAAGCAGGAGGAUGAGGCGGUAGACGUGACACCUGUCAUGAUCUGCGUCUUCGUGGUCAUGUGCUGCCUCAUGCUGGUGCUGCUCUACUACUUCUACGACCGACUGGUCUAUGUCAUUAUCGGGAUUUUCUGCCUGGCGUCCUCUACUGGCCUCUACAGCUGCCUGGCACCCUGUGUGCGCAGGCUGCCCUUCUGCAGAUGCAGGGUCCCCGACAACAGCCUGCCGUACUUCCACAAGCGCCCACAGGCCCGCAUGCUGCUGCUUGCGCUCUUCUGUAUUGGCAUCACUGUGGUGUGGGGCAUCUUCCGCAAUGAGGACCAGUGGGCCUGGGUCCUGCAGGACACACUGGGCAUCGCCUUCUGCCUCUACAUGCUGAAGACCAUCCGCCUGCCCACUUUUAAGGCCUGCACACUGCUGCUGCUGGUGCUGUUUAUCUAUGAUGUCUUCUUCGUCUUCAUCACACCCUUCCUGACUAAGAGUGGGAACAGCAUCAUGGUGGAGGUGGCCACUGGGCCUUCGAACUCGUCCACCCAUGAGAAGUUGCCUAUGGUGCUGAAGGUACCCAGGUUGAACACAUCACCGCUCUCACUGUGUGAUCGGCCCUUCUCCCUCCUGGGCUUUGGAGACAUCUUGGUGCCAGGGCUGCUGGUGGCCUACUGCCACAGGUUCGACAUCCAGGUGCAGUCCUCCAGGGUGUAUUUCGUGGCCUGCACCAUAGCCUACGGCCUGGGCCUCCUGGUGACAUUUAUGGCGUUGGUCCUGAUGCAGCGUGGCCAGCCCGCCCUGCUCUACUUGGUGCCCUGCACACUGCUGACCAGCUGCGCCGUGGCGCUCUGGCGCCGGGAGCUGGGUGCCUUCUGGAUGGGCAGUGGCUUUGCGAAGGAUGGACCUCAAUCCCCAUGGACCCCAGCUGAGGGGCCCCAGCCCCCGAAGGACUCAGGUGCCCCCCUCCCCCAGCAGCCUCCAUGUGAAGAGUUGGCCAAGAGCCCCCUGCCAGCUGAGGAGACAGCCCUGCCUGAGGAUGCCGGAAUCGUAGACCCUGCCCAGGAUCCUGCCAGCCCAGUGGGUAGCAUCCCUGAGCCCACAGACAGGGACCAGGCCCAGCCCGGCCCUGUGGCUCAGCCAGGGACCUCAGCCUAGGGAGACAAGGUGCAACAGUUGGGCCCUUGCAGCCUUCAUGCCACACUGAGACGAGAUGCUGGCCACCCAGGGCCUACAGGAGACUAGGGACAGCUGCCACCCACUCUGGCGACAGAUCUGCGCUGUGCCCUCCCUCACAUGGUGCUCAGCCCUCUGACGCCCCGCACCCAUCCUCCCCACCACUGCUGUGCCCCAGCCUCCAGCUCAGCAAUGCGCCUGACCACCAGCACCCAGCUGUCCUCCAGGCCAAAAGGCUCACUUGCUGCCCACUCCAUGCAAGGCCGCCGCCCUGGUGCUUUGCCCGCUUCGCUUGGGGUCUCCCCGCUGACCUCCCCUCCCUCAGCAGGACUGAGUUUGUGGGGCAGAAGCGACACCCCAGUGACACAGGUUCUUGUGGGAAUGGCGGUCAAGUGAGGCCCAGGUGUCAGUGCCCCAUUUGAGGGUGCCAGUGAGGGGCUGGGCCCCACCAGGACAGUCCCAUGCAGGUCACCAAGAUGGCCACACACCACAUUUAAUAAACAAUCCCCCUGAUGGAGGGUCUGUGGCCUGCAGUGCGUGGACACUGGCUAGGCAUGGACAGGCCUGUGUCCCCAGUGGGAUGCAAUGCCGGCAUCUUCUACACCAUGGUUGCCACCCUCUGCCCCAGCAGAGUCUCGGCCUGGUGUCUGUCCUCUACCUCACGGCCCAGGCUCUAUGCCCCUCUGCAGAGCUGCCUGCAAGGAGCUCUCUCCACAUGCUGCAUGUCACCCAGGCCAUGGUACUGCACAUCCGUCAUGGAUCCUGGGCUUACUCAUCCACACACACUCACAUGGGGAAGGGAGCUGCAGGGUGAACAGUGACAGCUGGGCCAUCCCCAGAACUUUGGGUAGAAAGGGACAUAUCCCUUAAGCACGUCUGCUUUUUAUCAGAGUGGACAGGGACAGGAGCACUGGGGGCACUGAGGAGAAACCCUGCAGGCCAGCCAUCUGCUUCCGCCACUGAGACUGCGCCUUAAGCCAUUUUGUAUGUGUGCGUGUCUGUGGAACAGGCUCUUCCAUCUCUGGGCUAGUUGGAGGGGCUCCUGAGGGCCCGGGAUUUGGCCCUAUCUGGUGAUUAAACAACUUUUGAUA